AGGGGAACGUUGCGGAGAAGCUUCUGUCGUGUGGAAGUAGAAACGACCUGCGUGCCUUUGGGAAGUUUUCAACAUUAAAUAUAUGGAUUGCUAAUACAGUCAAUGUUAGAAAAUAUGUGUUUUUCUUUACAAAGUAUUUACUGCUCUUUAGUUUGAAAAGCGUGAGUUGUUGUUUUUCUCGUGGAGAGCUGCUUGUUUCAGCCCGGAGAAGCAGGAGCGAAGCGAGCAUAGUCGCUCGCAAACCUCUGGUGUGGUUUUGAAUAUGCUCAAUUUUGUUCAGUUUUAUUCUCCCAAAACCUUGGAUCCAUGGUGAAGAGAAAGAAGACAUCACCUGGUCCCGAACUGGAUGAAAAUGGGGUGACCACCAGGCUGGGUGCAGGCAGCGGGGACGAAGGAACGAAGAAAUUGAGCCGAAAGCCUGAAGGUUGCGAUGAAGAGGAGAGUGGAGACCAGGCGAGCGAGGAGCGCAAUACAAAGACAGACGGAGAGGAAAUUCCUAAUCCAACACCCACGGGUCCGUCCAGUUCGACACCAACACUGUCCACCUCUGCGCCGACCCUUGCUGGACCUUGCCCCGACCCUCAGCCCCUGACCGUGUCAACCUCCGUGUCGCAGACCCAAGACCAGCACCAUUUCCUAAGGUCCAGCGUACGACCUCCGAGCAAACGGCUGCGAAAGGAUGCCAUUGGUUCGACUAUCAAUGGUCAUAGCAACGCGAAGGGGAAAGGAGCUGAGAACGGGGCCUCUGUGGGCGCGGGCUGCGGGCAGUCGGCGGCCCCGGCGGGCGGGGGACCCAAGGCGGCCCCGCGGGCCCCGGGACCUGCGGAUAAGGAGGAGGCGGGGGGCAGUCAGAAGAAGGCGCGGAGGCAGUGGGAGUCCUGGAGCACCGAGGACAAGAACACCUUCUUCCAGGGCCUCUACGAGCAUGGUAAGGACUUUGAAGCCAUUCAGAAUAACAUCGCACUGAAGUAUAAGAAACGGGGGAAGCCGGCCAACAUGGUGAAGAACAAGGAGCAAGUUCGCCACUUCUACUACAGGACCUGGCACAAGAUCUCCAAGUACAUCGACUUCGCCAACGUGUACUCCAGAGUGCUGAAGAAGUCCUCACAGGAGCUGUACGGACUCGUCUGCUUCGCCGAGCUCAGGAAGAAGGUUGGCGGCUUAAUGGACGACAAGAAUGCCGGAAAACUCAACGAGCUCAUUCAGUACGGGGCGACUACUGUGAGGUCCAAAGGCAGGAACCUCCGAAUUAAAGCACCCAUGUGCCGGGCACUGAAGAAGCUCUGUGAUCCAGACGGUGUCAGCGACGAGGAGGACCAGAAGCCGGUCAGACUGCCCCUGAAGGUGCCGGUGGAGCUGCAGCCCCGCAGCAAUCAGUCGUGGGCCCGGGUCCAGAGUCUGGCGCACAACCCCCGGCUCAGGAUGGUGGUGGAGCUUCACAGAAAGGUGUCCAGCCUGAUCGAGUUCCUCAAGCAGAAGUGGGCCAUCCAGGACCAGCGGAUUAGAAAGAGCCUGGAGGAGCAGGAAGCUCGGGAGGGCCAGGAGAAGCCCCCCUCGGGGGAGGAUAAGGAGGAGCUGGUCCUGUUCCCCGCCGAAAGCUGCACCCUGACCGCGCUGCCGGGCGUGGCCCGGGUGGUGCACUCCAAGGCCUUCUGCACCGUCCACUGGCAGGAGAGCGGGAAGUGUCGCCCGGCGGCCCGGGACCACCCCGCCGCUCAGAUCCUGGGCCUCCAGGCGGCCCCGCGGGGCUCGGGCCGGCCCGCCCGGGAGGCGAGGCGGGGGGACGGGGCGGCGGCGGGAGGGGGAGGGGCGGAGGACGGGGCGGGGGCACCCGAAGACCCCUCACAGACCGCUCCUCCGGCUCAGGGCGUGGCAGAGGGGGCUCUCGCCCAACCCCAGCGGACGAGCGGCUCGGGGGAGGAGUUACGGGACCAGGGGGCGACGGGUGGGGCGCUGCAGGUGAAUGAAGGCCUGGGGGCGGAGCAGAGCCUCUCGCCUCAGAAAGACCCGCCCCCUUCUGAGAGUUUGGCCAAUCACACGGGAGCGGAGGGGGCACCGGCUCAGCCUCCAGGGGGAUUGGUGGCUGCAGCAGAGGCUCCGCCCCUUGCGGGGGAGGCCGGCUGGAAGGACAACGUGGCUCCUGAGCCGGGCGGGGUGGGAGCAGGGCCUGCUGGGAAGGAGGAGGUGCCGGCCCAGCGGAUCCGGGCGGAGGGCUGGAGCUGGCGCAGCACGGAGAACGUGACGCUGGCCGAGCUCUACCUCAUGCUGGGCAAGCCGGGGAAGCUGCAGCUGGAGUACGAGUGGAGGCCCCUCCCCCGGCCCCCCGCCCGGCCCCUCCCCCAGCGCGUCCUGCGCUGCCUGCUGCGCCUCGUGUCCUCCGAGGUCAACCCCAAACCGGUCCCAGAGCUGUGCUCGGCCACCACGUCCCCAGUGAAGCCCUCAGAGGAGCAGUCCCCCCCGGGGACCCGCAGCCCUGGCUACAGUCGCCAGGCCUCCGCACGGGCCGCCAAGCUGACGUCACCUGGAGCCAGCUCUGCAGGCCUGCGGGGCCUGCCCCGCUCCCUGCUGAUUCCCACGGGCGACGCAGACAGCGUGCUCUUCGCCGUGCCCACCACGCUGCCCCCCAACAGCCGCCACGGGAAGAUGUUCUCCCCCAACAAGGAGGCCGAGCGGGCCCUGCGGCAGCAACUCGACUCCAUCAGCAUGCAGUCUGACAUUUUUCUCCCUAAACAGAGGAAGUUCAGGAGCCGUCACCUACGCAAGCCCCUCGUGGUUCAGAGGACCCUGCUCCCCCGGACCACCGGAGACGCCCCGCAUCACGUCUGCUCCUUCUCCAUCAUGUCCAACUCCUCCGCCACAGGCACUGGCUCCUUCUGGCCAAUCAAGCCUCCCCUGCGCUCUGCGUCCCGCCCCCUGCUUCCUGAAACCUCCACACCCAGCUCCGCCCCGGCCAGCCAGCUCUCCAGUGCCAUAGAUUUGGCGGCCAAGUCGGCAGGUAUCAUUCCGAGUAGCGCCUCUCAGGAGCUGGAGCCUCCCGGUGGGGCCAGCGGGGGCCCCAUCCUGACCCCGGAAUCCUCGUCUCCUGAUCCAGGGGGACAGCCCCUCCACCCCAACCCCACGGAGGGCGCUCUGUCCAACGGGCUCCCGGCUCCGCCGCUGUCGCGGGACGUAGGGCCGCUGCUCUCCCCGCCCAGCGUGGCGUCUCUCCUGGACAUCUCCCUCCCAGGGCCCCCCGAGGAGGACGGGCUGUCCACCCACAUCAGCGACUCCCUCAUCGAGCUCGCCAGUGAGCGCUCUGGCUACGGUCCUGAGCCCUCCCUCUCCCACGGCAAGAUCAACGGCGAGGAUAAAUCCCCCACGGGCAGCCCCUCCCAAAACUGGAUGGCGUGGCCCACUCAGGACCCGCAGUGGGACCCCAGCGACUCCACGGACUCCUCACUGGGCAGCCUCAUGUUGAGCCUGGUUUCCCCGGAGAAGGAGCGCAGGCUGGCCCUGGCCCCCCAGGGCCCCUCCAGCGGGACCUCUCUCCUGGGACCCAGCCUCCUGGACACAAACUCCCACGACUCCUUCCACACCCGCAGCCUGGCCGACGCUGGAGAGGUGGACUCCCAGUUCGCCUGCCUGAUGAGCGAGAGCAGCGUGGACUACAUCGCCCGCUUCAAAGAUUUGGCGCAGGAGCUGUCCGUCAACGAGUCGUCCCUCCCUCCCACCAGUCACGGGGGCUCUGGCUGAGGGCGGGGGGGCGGGACAGAGAGGGAUGAAACGCAGGACCCCUGCUGUGCGGGGCCGAAGUCGGCGGAAGACACGCGACAAUGUGCAAUCGGCGGAGGUGGAGCCUGGAGCCCAGGGGUUCAGGAAAAGGGCCCUCCUCCCGCGGGGACGCCCUGGGGCCUCCCAGCUGGCUUUUCCGCUCCUUCCCCCUCCGACCGGCGCUCAGAGUCCGGGCCGCAGCGGCGGAACUCGAAGUCCGUCGUCCCGCGGAGUCCCCUCUGGGGGAAACGGCACAUUUUUGUAUCAUUGAACUGAACGUUACUGACGACGAAACGUCUCUUUCAGAAUCCCUGGGAUUUCGGUUUCCAUUCCUGCUCAGAUGGUCGUGUUCCCUUAUUUUCGACUGUUACCUGCACACCUGCGAGCCGGCCAGCGUGCGCCUGUGCUGUCGGCUCGGCACAGGGCCCCCUGUGAGUCUGUACGUUUCUGCCGCCCCGACAACCCCCACUCCCCACCCCAGACCUGGGACAAACACGUCAUCGUUGCGGUCAAUUCCACGGUAACCGAGGUUACAACUGCCAGAUAUCUGUGAUAAAGUUCUGCAGCUACAUAAUAGAGACUAAAACAGGCUUCUAUAACCAUCACAAGCAAUUAGUACUUUGUUGUAUGUCGCUCUGGAUAAGAGCGUCUGCCAAAUGCCAAUAAUGUAAUGUAAUGUAACCCUGUCGGACCGUUAUGUUAUUGGACUCUACCGUGCAGAUACUGCAUUUGUAACUUCAGUUACCAUGGAUUCAAAUACUUGUCUAUGCUUAACUUAGCUUGUCUGGUGUAUUAGAACCAAUUUAAUUUUUAUUUAUUUUUAUUUUUUUAUUACAUUACAUUACAUUAUUGGCAUUUGGCAGACGCUCUUAUCCAGAGCGACGUACAGUUGAUUAGACUAAGCAGGAGACAAUCCUCUCCUGGAGCAAUGCCGGGUGAAGGGCCUUGCUCAAGUCCUUGUGUGUCCCAAUCAUUUACCUUAACCACUACGCUACUGGCCGCCCUAUGGUUAAGUUGCAGACCAAAUUUAUGCAAACCCCACUUUCUGGUCCUCUCUGUUGGCCCAUUUGCAACAGGCAAGAUCAACCGAGCACAGAACAGUAUUCGACUCGAAAACAAUUCCGCAUUUGACCCAGGUCUGCCAGCCACUGCACACACCCACUGCACUGAGGGUUGGCUUCCUGUUUGCAUAAACUCUUCCUUCAUAACAAUUAUGAGGAAAAAGCAAUUUAUUUAUUUACACAGCGAUCCUUUUCGUCAAACUGAUUCGCUUCUCAGGCAUCGAAGACCGCGGCACUACUGAAAAAGCUGUCUUCCCGUUCCUUGUUAAUACUAACGGGGUAUAUUUAUGCGGAUUGAUUUCCUUUGCAUAUAUUAAAAAGUGUUAUAACUGAAAAAGCCAUAUGUGAAGAACAUCCAAUUUCAACUUGGAUGCCAUGUUAAGGGUUAUAUUCUAUAUUUGUUUAUGCUUCGUUUUUUUUUUUCUCCCUAAGAAUCCGUUUUCCGUUUCUAGUUUAGUAUUGGAAGAUGUUUGACCAUGUAAAGGGCUGAGAUCCCGGUGGCUGAAAAACAGCCAGAUUAAAACCGAGAUCGGAGCAGAGCAUAUCAUGUGCGGGAAUAAUGCACUCUCGCUGUCUCCGUUCCACCCAACAAUAUAAUCCCCUUAUCUUCCGAUGUGACGCUUUUAAAAGUGCGAGGUUAUUUAUUACUUGCACCAUACCAUGUUAACGUGGUGCCAAAUUAUGAUCCGAUUACGUAACGAUGUUUAAUUUCACGUACUAAUUAUGUCUGUUUCUCAGAUAAAUGCCAUUGAUUUCUACCAGUGGGUGUAAUGCAGUGCACCUUUUUUAGCGUGUUAAACACUAAUUUCAGAAGACGCUGUGGGUGAAAAGGCUAGUUGGGGGUUGAUUUUUAUCCCAUGGUGUUUUGCUAAUUAUCUGAAAUAAAUGAAUACAUGAAUAAUUGAAUCAGAGGAGUUGACUACAGAAAUGGAUUGGUGCAAUUAUGACACUUUACCAACAAGCCUGACCUGCUAGUGCUGCUAAAUACCUAUUUGGCUGAACCUGUUUGACAUAUAAAGCUGAAAAAAAAACCUUCUUUUAAACAUCUAAUGUUUUAUUCUUAUAUUUAAACAUUGACAAACAGGCGCCACAUAUUUACAUUGCUGAAAACUUGUGCUGAUUUUAAAUAUACAAGAGCAUUUGGGCUCCUCUUGAUGUGUUUGUGCGGGUGUGUUUGUACAAAAUGUAACAAUUUAAAUUUUCUCUGCCAUUUUGUAACGUAUUGUAAAUUAUUAUUUGGACUAUUUAUUGUUGACAAAUGUUUGGGUUUAAUUUAAUAUUAAGACCAGUUUGAAAUUUUAAACCUACAGUUUUAAGAUUCCCCAGUUUGUAAAAGGUGUUUUUACUUUUGUGGCUAUAAAUAGUUUUUAAAAAUGA